AGUUCAAAAAAAUCAAAUCAACAGUUGACAACUCGCUAAAAAUUAAAUUAAACUAAAAUUUCACCAGCUAAAUAGAAAAUUACAAGCUCAAAAUAAAUAACUCAAAAAAAAAGACUAUUAAAAAAGAUAAUUCAAAAGAAAAAGAAAACAUUGCAUCAGCUAAUAACAAAAUUAUAAAAUCUAAAAUUUCAUUAGAAAAACAACACAACACAAAACUAAAUAUUUAGUUCAGUUAAAUCAAAUAUUAAAUUGAACAGAAAUAGGCAAAUAUAAACCAUAAUGCGUUCCCUACCGAUGUUUUGGCGCAUGGCCGAGGAGAUGACCCGAAUGCCACGCAUCUCCUCGCCGUUCCACGCCUUCUUCCAUGAGCCUCCAAUUUGGAGUGUGGCUCUUCCCAGGAACUGGCAGCAGAUCGCCCGUUGGCAGGAGCAGGAGUUCGCCCCACCGGCCACCAUUAACAAGGAUGGCUACAAACUCACCCUGGACGUCAAGGACUACAGCGAGCUGAAGGUCAAGGUGCUGGACGAAAGCGUUGUCCUGGUGGAGGGUAAAUCGGAGCAGGAGGACGGCGACCAAGGAAGCUACAGCUCCAGGCACUUUCUCCGACGGUUCGUCCUUCCAGAAGGAUACGAGGCUGACAAGGUCAAAUCGAGCCUGAGCAGCGAUGGUGUUCUGACCAUUAGCGUUCCCAAUCCACCGACGGUUCAGGAAUCUCUUAAAGAGCGAGUGGUGCCCAUCGAGCAAACUGGCGAGCCAGCCAAGAAAUCCCAAGAGGAGCCCAAAAACGAGAAAACCGAGCAGUGAAAUAACGAGCUCCGACUGAAAAAAUCAGAUGCUAGUGACCAUUAGUUAUUCCUCCCAAUCUAAAUUUAAUUAGUUUAGUGACUAAAUUUGGAAACCAAACAAUUGUUUAAGUAGUAAAAGAUAAUAAAUUUGAAAAGGUUAUUAAACAAAA